AUGAUUUCUGUCGUCUCCACUGUGGAGAGCGUUCCCAGAGGUACGGGUACUCCGGUGCCAAGCCUUUACCAACGGAUCAGGAAGGUCUUCUCCAGGGAUCUGUUGGUGACCCUAGCCUUGGGUCAGGUCCUGUCUCUGUUAGUCUGUGCUAUUGGUCUGACCAGCAAGUACCUGGCUGAUGACUUCCACGCUAACACGCCGGUGUUCCAGAGCUUUCUCAACUACAUCCUACUGUUUCUGGUCUACACCACCACACUGGCCGUCAGGCAAGGGGAAGGGAACUUGCUUGCUAUUCUGAAACAGCGCUGGUGGAACUAUAUGAUUCUGGGUUUGAUAGACAUAGAGGCCAACUAUCUGGUCCUUAAAGCCUACCAGUACACUACACUCUCCAGUGUACAGCUGUUAGAUUGUUUUGUCAUCCCAGUGGUUCUGUUGCUGUCCUGGUUCUUUCUCUUGGUGAGGUACAAGGCUGUCCACUUUGUUGGGGCAGGACUGUGUCUGCUGGGUAUUGGCUGCAUGGUGGGAGCCGACGUUCUACUUGGUCGGCAGCAAGGCGUUGGAGAGCAGAAGCUGUUUGGGGAUCUGUUGGUUCUGGGAGGAGCAACACUGUAUGGGAUCUCCAAUGUCUGUGAGGAGUUCAUCGUGAAGAACCUGAGCCGAGUUGAGUUUCUUGGUAUGAUGGGACUCUUCGGAUCCUUCUUCAGUGGCAUCCAGCUGGCCAUCAUGGAACACAAGGAACUGCUAAAGGUACCCUGGGACUGGCAAAUAGGUCUUUUCUAUGUUGGUUUCAGUGCCUUCAUGUUCAGCCUAUACAGCUUCAUGCCAGUGGUGAUGAAGAGAACGAGUGCCACCUCAGUCAAUCUCUCUCUGCUCACUGCUGACCUAUACAGCCUCUUCUGUGGCCUCUUCCUCUUUCACUACAAGUUCUCUGGCCUCUAUCUGUUGUCAUUCUUCAUUAUUGCCUUGGGCUUGGUGCUGUACUCCUCCUCAUCUACCUAUGUGGCCCAGGACCCACGAGUCUACAAACAGUUCAGGAACACAGCCAGCCAGCCAGCCACCAACAGGCCCCCGCUCAGUCCUGGAGUCCUGGAGCCCUCCGUAACCUACACCAGCCUGAGCCCAGAGGCAGGAGACGAGCUUCCUGUACGUGUAGCCUAA